AUGGAGCAAAGCCAAUGUUACCCCGGACUAAAUAAGCUCUGCUUUAGCCAGUCAUGCAGCAAGUCCCAAGGUGGAAGGCAGGAUGCAAGCUUAAAACGAAACAGAGAUAGCUCAGCUGUCAAUGGAAGGCCGACGUUCUGCUAUUUAAGACAAGAAAUUCUAGAAGAAAAGAAAGAUUGGCGCCAAGGAUUCCAAAGCACGCGACGUUAUGUCUCGUCCCGGCUGGGCUUACAGAAAAGCUCUUACUGGGCCACUAUUGCGUGCUCAACUGGUUCCACUGGCCAUGCCAAUUUAGUCGUCAAUCCAAAAUCCUUCCCCAUUUGA